AUGACUGCGCUUGAAGAGACCGUUACCGACUUUCUUUGCCUCGUGAUGCAGGAAAAAGCGGGCUGCAUCGUCGAUAUGGAGAGAGAAUGCUCCCUGUAUAUUCCUGAUCCUGGCACACAGACAAAGUUUGGUUCAUAUACAGUAGCCAAUCUUCGACAGAAGUCAGCACCCAACAGUAUCAACAUGGUGCUUAGAAUAAGCUACAACGGCCAGGGAGGACCUUCGGAACAUACGGUAUCACACUACGAAGUUACGUCCUGGCAAGACAAUGUUAAAGUUCCCGAGUCCGCAACACACUUCUUGCAACUUGUCAAGGAAGUAGAGACAAAGGCCGCAUCUGGAUCCGUCAUUAUGCAUUGCAAGACUGGUGGUGGACGCUGCGGCCUGUUUGCGGCUGUUUGGACGCUUCUGGAGAAAACAGGCAUAGAACACGAGGUCUCGGUGUUUAACACAGUUCGCCAACUGCGGGCGAGACGGCCAAAUGCUGUUAGGACUAGAGUUAUCAAAUCAUCUUUGUCGUGA